UGCAGGGUACUUUGGUGUGGAGGAACCACGAACCAUCGACCGCCGUCGGCGCGGCCGGACGAUGCUGCCCUCCGCCUUCUCAAAAUCAACAACCUCGCCGUCUCCCGCCCGCCUCCGCCACCUCCUCCCCGCCUCUUCCCUCCACACGACCACCCAUCUCCGGCUCGCAUCCAUUGGCGCACCCUCUCCAUCCCCACCUCCAGCACCAAGCCCCUCCCUCCUUCCCCCGUGUCCAUUUCUUUCGUACAACCACUACGCCACCAACCUCCGAUCCUGCGUCCUCUCCAGAGCCGUCCGGCCCGGCCGGCAGCUCCACGCGAGGCUCCUCGUUUCCGGCCUCGGCCUCAACCCGGCCCUCGCCACCAGGCUCGUCGACCUCUACGCCUCCUGCGGCCAUGUGUCCCACGCGCGGCGCCUGUUCGACGGAAUGCCCCAGCAGCGGAACGUGUUCCUGUGGAACGUGCUCAUCCGCGCCUACGCGCGGGACGGGCCCCGCGAGGCGGCCAUCGAGAUGUACCGCGCGAUGCUGGCCCACGGCAGCGUGGAGCCAGACAACUUCACGUACCCGCCGGUGCUCAAGGCGUGCGCCGCGCUCCUGGACCUGGCCGCCGGCCGGGAGUUGCACGAGCGCGUGGCGCGCACGCGGUGGGCGGCGGACGUGUUCGUGCGCGCGGGGCUCGUCGACAUGUACGCCAAGUGUGGGUGCGUGGACGAGGCCCGGGCUGUGUUCGACGGCACCGCUGUGAGGGAUGCCGUGGUGUGGAACUCGAUGAUCGCGGCAUGCGGGCAGAACGGGCGGCCAGUGGAGGCGCUUGCUCUGUGCCGUGACAUGGCGGCAGAAGGCAUUGGGCCGACUAUUGCUACUCUGGUCAGCGCAAUAUCUGCUGCAGCUGAUGCGGCAGCCCUGCCCAGAGGGAGGGAGCUUCAUGGGUAUGGUUGGAGGAGAGGAUUUGGGUUACAGGACAAGCUGAAAACUUCCCUUCUGGACAUGUAUGCCAAGAGCGGUUUGGUCAGGGUGGCACGUGUUGUCUUUGAGCAACUCGUGCACAGAGAUCUUGUUUCUUGGAAUUCCAUGAUAUGUGGAUAUGGGAUGCAUGGCCAUGCUGAUGAAGCGCUUGCACUGUUCAGCAAAAUGAGGAGUGAGGCUCAAGUGAUGCCUGACAAUAUCACUUUUGUUGGGGUUCUAUCCGCUUGUAACAAUGGAGGGAUGGCAAAAGAAGCAAAAGAAUUAUUUGAUCUGAUGGUGAGUGUGUAUUCCAUCAAGCCAACAGUGCAGCAUUACACUUGCCUUGUAGAUGUUCUGGGUCACUCUGGUAAAUUCAAAGAAGCUUCUGAUCUCAUCAGUAGGAUGUUGGUGGAACCAGAUUCAGGGAUAUGGGGUGCACUGCUUAAUGGUUGUAAGAUCCACAAAAAUGUUGAGCUAGCUGAAUUAGCCCUGCAAAAAUUGAUGGAACUGGAGCCUGAAGAUGCUGGUAAUUAUGUUCUUCUAUCAAAUAUAUAUGCUCAGUCUGGGAAAUGGGAAGAAGCUGCAAGGGUGAGGAAGCUGAUGAGCAAUAGAGGCUUGAAGAAGAUAAUUGCUUGUAGCUGGAUCGAAUUGAAAGGAAAAUCUCACGGGUUUCUUGUUGAUGAUGCUUCUCAUCCUCGAUCAGAUGAAAUAUAUGCAGAGUUGGAGAGAUUGGAAGGUCUCAUGAGUCAAGCAGGCUAUGUGCCUGACACCACGCCAGUUUUCCAUAAUGUGGAAGAUGAUGAAAAGAGGAACAUGGUGAGGGGCCACAGCGAAAGGUUGGCCAUUUCAUUUGGACUCAUUAGUACACCCCCUGGGACAAAGCUACUUGUGACAAAGAAUCUUCGAGUUUGUGAGGACUGUCAUGUUGUCAUGAAGCUGAUUUCACAGAUUGUGCAGCGUGAAAUCAUCAUAAGAGAUGUUAACCGCUACCAUCACUUUGUAAAUGGUGAAUGCUCCUGUAAAGACCAUUGGUAACAUACACAAGAGGCUACAGAACACUAUCUAUUUCACAGGCAUCAUAGUUGUCUUCCAUGGCAGAAGGUAAAAAUGUUAGAAGGAUAAUCUUAUUUGAAACAAGACUGGUGAACCAUGGAAACUUGAACUUCAAUAUUUCUCUUGAGAACAAUAUGGUGCAAUUUGCAUUAUCUAUGCAAGCAGAGUUUUGAGUGCGAUGCAUGGCAAGUUUGUAAACAUCCUGCUGCAGUGCUGCUCAUUAGAUGUUGUGGAGAAAGCUUUAGGCAAUUUGAUUCCUUUUUCCUAAUGAACUUUAAGUCUCAUCUUAUAUACAUACAAUGAGAGCUGACGCUCAUGGUGCCAGACGGUUGUACUUGAACGCACCACAAAUUUUUACAGGGUUGAGUAACCCAUUUUGGUGAUAGUGUUUUUGUAUUUCUUCUAAGUAUAUUCUAAUAUAGGCAUACACUGAACAGAA